GCCACGGGGAAAGGGGAGGGUUGGAGGAAGGACGGAGAACUCAGGCCGAGGGCUUCACAGUGGAGGCUGGUGCGCCGCCGGCGCUCUCCCUCCAUACUCAGUGCUCAGUAAUGGCCCGGGGGCGGGGCGCAGCCCUCCCCCGUUUUCAGAGGUAGCAGAGAUCCUCACCCAGGAGGUGUCAGCCCAGGCCCAGCCUCCCCAGAGACAGCACCCCGGAGCCACAUCUCUCUCCUCACUCUGCUUGGACCCUGCACAGGAACCCUGGAAGCCUGGCUGUGUGGGUUGGGGUAUGGCUGAGAUGACCCUGCAGGGAUAUAGGACAGAGAGGUCCAGUGUCCCCAGAGACCAUUCCUCCUCUGCUGCCUCCAGCUGAUAAACCUCUUAUCUGGCACAAGCAGGGGAGCCCAGAGCCAGGAUAGGAGGAGAAGGCAGGGCUGCUAUCAGCCACCAGGCCUGGGCCAUAUCUCAGAGAAGGGGAGGGGCUGUCUGCUUGGCUCUUCCCACAACACACUCCUUGGGGAUCCCCAAGCACUUACUCUCAUCUUGAGAACAUGAGACAGAGGAGGAAAACUGAGGACAGAGGAGGAAAGCCAGAGUGAUCCCUGAUGUUGCCCCAGAACAAGGGAAAAAAACCAAACCAAAACAAACCAGAAGAUGUGACUUCUGCCCUGCCCAGCGAUACGGUUUUGGGGGAGUAAGAAGUAGGAGGAAGAGAAGGAGGCGUCUUGUCUGAAAAAGAAGGUGAAGCCCUACUGUGCUCCCAAAGGAACCGACUACAGCCACAGCAGGUUGCAGGGGCCUUUUGGGCUUUGGGGACCCUGGACCAGGCCCUGGCCCAGUAGGAUGCCCCCGUGUCCUCCCCAGCAGAGCAGGAACAGGGUGACACAGUUGCCCACUCUGGAGCUGGGCGAGAUGGAACUGACCUGGCAAGAGAUCAUGUCCAUCACUGAGCUGCAGGGACUAAAUGCUCCAAGUGAGACGUCGUUUGAGCCCCCUGCCCAGGCCCCAUACCCUGGACCCCCACCGCCCCCAACUUACUGCCCCUGCUCAAUCCACCCAGAUGCUGGCUUCUCCCUUCCUCCACCACCCUAUGAGCUCCCAGCACCCACAUCUCAUGUCCCAGACCCCUCAUACUCCUAUGGCAACAUGGCCAUACCAGUCUCCAAGCCACUGACUCUCUCCGGUCUGCUCAGUGAGCCCCUCUCAGAUCCUUUGGCUCUCCUGGACAUUGGGCUGCCAGGGGGGCCCCCCAAGCCUCAAGAAGACCCAGAAUCUGACUCAGGAUUAUCCCUCAACUAUAGCGAUGCUGAAUCUCUUGAGCUGGAGGGGACAGAGGCUGGCCGACGGCGCGGCGAGUAUGUAGAGAUGUACCCGGUGGAGUACCCCUACUCACUUAUGCCCAAUUCCUUAGCCCACCCCAACUAUGCCUUGCCACCUGCAGAGACCCCCUUAGCCUUAGAACCCUCCUCAGGCCCUGUGCGGGCCAAGUCCACUGCACGGGGGGAGGCGGGGAGUCGGGAUGAGCGACGGGCCCUGGCCAUGAAGAUUCCCUUCCCGACGGACAAGAUUGUCAACUUGCCGGUAGAUGACUUUAAUGAGCUGUUGGCGCGGUACCCACUGACGGAGAGCCAGCUGGCAUUGGUCCGGGACAUCCGACGGCGGGGUAAGAACAAGGUGGCCGCCCAGAACUGUCGCAAGAGAAAGUUGGAGACCAUCGUGCAGUUGGAGCGGGAACUGGAGAGGCUGGGCAGCGAGCGGGAGCGGCUCCUCCGGGCCAGAGGGGAGGCCGACCGGACCCUGGAGGUCAUGCGCCAACAGCUGACAGAGCUGUACUGUGACAUUUUCCAGCACCUGCGGGAUGAAGCCGGCAACAGCUACUCCCCUGAAGAGUAUGCUUUGCAACAGGCCGCUGAUGGGGCCAUCUUCCUGGUGCCCCGGGGGACCAAGAUGGAGGCCACAGACUGAGCUGGCCGAAGGGGUGGGACUGUGAUGGAGAUUUCCUUUAGUCCCUUCCGAUCAAGGUACUCCCCAACCCUGAGGCCCAGAAGGAACUGGGUUCUCUAGACCAGAAGGGGACAGUGGGAAACCUGACGUUUGGAGGGCCCACAGCGUGUUCAGGAAGGCUUGCCUUGAGACAAGCACGUGAGGGGAGGGUUGGAAUCUCUUUGCCGUGAUUCAGCUUCCCGGGGCUCCAACCUCCUCCUCUUGUUUGAGCUUUGAUAUAUAAAGCGCUCUACACUAA